AUGGGUGCCAUAUCUAUGGUUUUAUUUCGAGGUCCGGCUUUAUUAGGAGACAAAGAUGCAGACUUUACAAUGAACCAUGAAAUCAGUGGUAAAUGUCAAUCUGAGCCUACUAAGUGGUUAGUCACUGGCUUUAACAAUCUUGGGUUUGGGCAAUGGCACAUCGGUGUCUUGUGUUUGAUUGGAAACUGCAUGUGUAUGGCUGCUUUUCUUGACAUUCAGUUAUCGCAUAAGCACCAAAACUAUGGACUCUUUACUUGGUCCGAUGAGAUUAUUGGCCCCGCCUUGGUUGCUCUCUACAAUCCUCUUCAGCCUGCUGCAUCAGCUUUUCUUCGAGAGACUUUCUUGGUAGCCCUAUUUAUCUGGGAAGGUUAUAGCUGUCAAAUGGGUGGACUGGCCAUUGGUUGUCCAUGUCCAUAUGUAAAUGGGUCUAUUUUAUUAACACUCAUUUAUAUUUAUCCAUGUGGAUCUUAA